AUGACUUCAGCUAUGGAACCUGGAAUGGUCGUGGGUUUCUGCCACCCACUGUUGGACAUGACCGUGAUAGGAAACGAAAAUAUAUUGAAAAGGUAUGAUCUGAAGAGCAACGAUGCAGUUUUGGCGGGUGAAAAACAUAUGAGCAUAUAUGAAGAACUAACAAAGGAUCCGAGCGUACAUUACUCUGCUGGGGGUUCCGGUCAAAACUCGUUGAGAUUCGUCCAGUGGAUAUUAGAGGAACCCAAUUCGGUUACAUUCUUUGGUGCAGUCGGUAAUGAUCGGUACAGCGAAAUUCUGAAACGCGAGGCGAUCCGGGACGGACUGGACGUAAAAUACCAAUACCAUUCUGACAUACCUACUGGAACAUGUGCUGUCAUUGUAACAAACAAUGGAAAAGACCGAUCACUGUGCUCUAAUUUAUCAGCAUCGUGGAAUUUAACGGAUGACCAUUUAGAAGUCCCAGAAAACCAGAAAAUAAUUCAAAAUGCAGAGUUUUAUCUAGUGACUGGCUUUUUCUUAAUAUCAAAUCCAGGCACGGUCGAAAAAAUUGGAAGAAUCGCCGACGAACGGAAUCGUCCGUUAUUGUUCAACAUGAGUGCUCCAUAUAUUUUCGAAUUGUAUUUCGAUUCAGUUAUGACAAUUUUUUCAUAUAUAAAUAUUAUUAUUGGAAAUGCCGAAGAAGCUAAAGCAUUUGCCUUUGCAAAUAACUGGGAAACAACCGAUAUAGAAAUUAUCGCAAGCAAGAUGAGUACAUUUAAUGUUGGAAAAGAAGGGUAUCGCUUAGUUAUUUUAACUCAAGCAGAUAAACCAGUUAUCGUAGCAUUGAGUAAGUAUUUGCUUGAACAUGAUUCUUGUGGCUGGGGUCUAGUCUCAACAUUUAAAGUACCAGAAAUAGCUGACCAAGAUAUUGUGGACACGAGUGGAGCUGGCGAUGCCUUCGUUGGUGGUUAG